GGAGGGGGCAGCAUGUUCCAGGAAGCUGUGGCAGACAGUACUGAGCAUUGCCUCUGUAGCGUGCAGCGGGGCUCCGGCAGUCGUAGCUGAGCAGAGCUGGGUGGCUCAGCCCGAGGUGCGGCUGUCUCUCUCCGGCACAUCACAGAGGCACCACCAGGGGCGAGAGACCUACAACAUGACCCGUCCAUGGUGCCUUCCCCUCCCAGGACUAAGCUAGUAUCGGCGGAGCCCGUUGUGUCUCCGGGCUGUGUGCCCUGCGCUGCGCUUGGGUGAUGGGGAACCAGGUGGAGAAGCUGACUCAUCUAAGUUACAGAGAAGUCCCCACUGCUGACCCCACAGGUGUGGAUAAGGAUGAUGGACCCAGGAUAGGGGUCUCCUACAUCUUCUCAGCUGAUGAUGAUGACCUGGAGGACACCGGCCAUGACCCUGACAAGCAGGGCCCUUUGCAGGAGGACCUGCAGUACGACCACUGCAAUGAGGUGGAGUGCUUGGUGUACUACAGGGAUGAGUGCGUUUAUGAGAAGGGGUUUGGAGCUGGGGAGCAGCUGAGCACCUACUCCCCGGAGAACCUGUUGAACAAGUGCAAGCCUGGGGACCUGGUGGAGUUUGUGGCCAAGAACCAGUACCCCCACUGGGUGGUGUAUGUGGGUGACUUCCAGGUGGUCCACCUGUACAGGCUGGAGAUCACCAACAGCUUCAUGACAGAUGCCAGCCAGGGCAGAAGGGGCAGGAUAGUCAACGACCAGUACAAGUACAAGCCCUUGAGCCCUGAGAUGGUGGUGCAGAAUGCCAUGGAGCAAGUAGGGGCCAAAGACCAGGAGCUGAGCUGGAGGAACUCUGAGUGUUUUGCAGCCUGGUGCCGGUAUGGGAAGAGGGAGUUCAAGAUAGGGGGGGAGAUCAGGAUAGGCAAGCAGCCCUACAGGCUGAGGAUCCAGCUCUCUGAGAAGAAGAGCCACACGCUGGAGUUCCAGAGCCUGGAGGAUCUGAUCAUGGAGAGGAGGAGGAACGAUCAGAUCGGCAGAGCAGCUGUGCUGCAGGAGCUGUCCAACCAUCUCCAUGCUGAGGAGGAGGUCAGGACUGAACACAAUGGCAACUGAUGGAUUGGAACUGAAGUGUGAGAAAUUGAGUUGCUAUAAGCCCCUUGGGCUGUUUCGGCGCAGUUUUAUUCAAAUGGCAUUGUGGAAGGAAAGCUGAUUAGUGCAGCCUGAACUUAACCCUUCCGCCAGCUCUCCUCUAUGAGGUCUACUGCAGAGACUGGAUUACACAUGUUGAGCCAAUCAAUAGAUUACAGUACAUUAUCUGGUGAAACAAUCAUUCUGAUCACAUUCUUGGUGAUAUAUACAGCGUGUCGUUAUUUAAUAUGCCGAAAUGUGGUAUGCAUUGAUUUUGCAUCUUUGGAGUCUUUUUUUUUCUUUCUUUUUUCUUUCUAUAUAUCUAUUCCCACUACCCCCCCCCCCCCCCCCCCCCCCAUAUUAAUUUGCACCAUCUUGAAUCUUUUGCUGAUUUUAAGAUCAUUUACUCAUAUUUUUUCAUUACUACAAACACUUAUGUGCUAUUGCUGUAACAUUUCCAUUCUACUAUAUUUUUUUGUUUUUCUAGAACACAAUUUUUUUUUAAUUCUCAGCCAAAUCAAGGUGUACAGCUCAAUGCAGGCGUGUAGCUUCUAUAUUUCUAUAAAAUGUGUCUUCUCCCGGGCUCCGCGUUUGCAUAAUGGUCACACUUUGUGCUCAUAAAAAUGAUUUGCACACUUUAAUUUUAAGAUGUGGACUGCUGUGCUUAGAUGGAGAUUGAGGUGGUGGGGGAACAGUUCUGUCAUCUGAGAUCUGGUGAAGAUUGCAUUGUCACAGGAAAAUGUGUCUGCAGGGAUCUGUGUACAAUGUGUUAAACCUCUCUGCAGUAGCAGCUGGCUGAGGUGUCUUGGGGGUUCCGGGCUCCCUGACACAGGUGCAGAGGGUGGUGCAGCUCUUGUUGACUAUAUUACAGGUUGCAUAAGGUCUAACUAAGACUUUGUAUCAAAGCAUUAGUAAGCAGCAUACAGUAUGUGGCUCUCUAUCCUGCCAUGAUAGACCUGCAAGGAAAUGUCUUUAUGUAGCAAAGGGCUUUUUUGGGUGGUUCUAUAUAUUUACAUAUUAUAUUAGCCAGUUCUACUAGUAACCACAAACUUUCUGGAUACUGUUGGGAAGGGGUGGGGAUGUUUAUCAAAUAUGGAGAGAGAUAAAGUACAAAACACUUCUAACUGUCCUUUUACAUGCUGUGCUAGAAAAAUGACAGACGCUGGUUGGAAAAGUAUCUCUCUCCAAGAUUUGCUAAAUCUGCCCCUUAGUGAGGAAUCUUGGCAUAAUGUGGGGCGGGUGGGGGGUCCAGGAUUGAUAAUAAGAAAUGGCUAUUGCACUUUAUUUGCAAGUGAUGAAACUAUGGCCACCAGUCCAUAAUGAUUAUACUUCUCCGAGUGUUGGGGAACCACGCCAGUCCACUCUUUUUUGUUUGUCUUAUAUUUUGGCUUGAGCUUUGCAGAGAGAGUGUGUAAUAGUCAUUUGCCGGACCUCUUCCAAGCACUACAGUAACCACAACAACUAUAUCCUAUAGGAGGGAGCAGCGUAAAGCGCCAUUAUUUGCACCAAAAAUAAAAUGAUAUUGAAUCCAAAGUCGCCGGUCUGUUGUAGACCGUCUAGGAGAAAGUGUUUACAAAAUGGAAAGAUGCCCAGUAAGAAACAAAAACACCAUUACUUACUACCUACAUCCAUCCCAGGGCAACUGGCAUUAUUUACUGUACACAUGCCAGGCAGUGCUGUGCCUAGUGAUAGUGCGUGCCCUAAAUCUCACCCACUCCCUGAUUAACUGUUCUGUGUACACUGCUUAUGCCUUAAUGUCCUUGCUCGUUAAACAUCGUAAGUAGACACCAGGGAAGUCUGCAGUUACGAGCAGACGUUUCCCCAAGCUCCUACACAUGGUGUGAUGGGAUUUGUGACCCCUCAACACUUAAGACAUGAGCAUUCUGCGCCCACUCUUUCUUCCAAGUGCAGAGACCCUAUUUAUCAUAUGUAAGGGGAUUUCCACACAUUGGACAGUUCCCUAGACCUUCACUAGAAGGCCACUAUUACUUUUCUAGUUUUGCUACGCCACUGGGACCACAAUUAUUCCAGACCUGCAGGAUACGGAGGGCUGGCUCUAUAAAUACUGAUUGACAAAAGGGGGGUGGGGUCUAUUCAUGAAGAAGUGAGCCUGUGGAGAAGUUGCCCAUGGCAACCAAUCAGCUGCUCCGUACAAUGGUAUAGUAUGCAAAUUAUAGAUGUUACUUGAAUGCUGAUUGGUUGUCAUGGGCAACUUCUCCACUGGCUCACUUCCCCACACUUUUCACUGCUUCAUGAAUAGACCCCUUAAACUGUAAAAACAAAAGAGCUGAUUGGAUGGUGGCUGUAUCUGUCCGGCCUGCGUUGCAAUUCUUGUUUUGAUGUACAGGAGAGACCUGACAGCUAUACAGAGAAGGCGUCUACAAAUGUCAGUUCUGAAGUUGGCUGUGGUCUUUAAAUUGGUGACUCUUAAGUUGACCUGUACCCGCCCUCUAGCAACUUUUUAAACCCAUUGAUGUCUCUCUCUGGCUUCCACCUGCCCUUCCUGUUUGUUAGUCACCUACGGUGAAGCAGAGUCUUUCUAUUUUUGUUUUGCCCCAGGACACAGCAGUUGUGCUGUUCUCAUUUUAUUGUAUGCAGAGAUCAACUGUUGCUGUAUCCCAUUGCAACUUGAAUAUGUAAUUUUGUCUAAAGACUUGACUUAAUGGGAGGAAGAAGCUUGCGAAAUGCAGUAUAUAACUUGAAAAAAUUGCUGGAGGGUAUGUGCAAGACAGUAAGUUAUUAGAAAAGGUGGAAAACCACAUUUUAGUGUAGUUAUCUGCGGUCUCGGGAAUACAAAGUAUAAUGCACAUUUGUAAACAAACUGUGCUUUGAUUCUGCUACAAAACUGCUACCCGCACAAAGUGAAGUGUGAGGUUCUGCAGCAGCUAUCAGCUAGCAGGUCCGAUCCUUUUCCCAGGAAACUAUAUUUUUUUAUUUUAACCCUUUAGUUUUUUAGAAUUAUGACCACCCUUAGCUGAUUUGCCCUCGGGUAGAGGUUCUCAAACACUGUCCCCCAGGCACCACAAUGGUACAGGGUUUGUUUAUCCAUGCUUGUCCACAUGUGCCUUAGGGGUCUAUUCAUGAAGCAGUGAAAAGAGUGAAGAAGCGAGCCUGUGGAGAAGUUGCUCGUGGCAACCAAUCAGCUGCUUUGUACAAUUGUAUAGUAUGCAAAUUAUAAAUGUUACGUCAAUACUGAUUGGUUGCCAUGGGCAACUUCUCCACUGGCUGACUUCUCCAUUCUGUUUCAUGAAUAGACCCCUUAGGCCCAGAUUUAUCAAUCCUUGGAGAGUGAUAAAUAGCACAGUGAUAAAGUACCAACCAAUCAGCUCCUGUCCUUUUUCAAACACAGGGGUUUAUUCAUGAAGCAGUGGAAAGUGUGGAGAAGUGAGCCUGUAGAGAAGUUGCCCAUGGCAACCAAUCAGCAUUGAAGUAACAUUUAUAAUUUGCAUACUAUACAAUUGAAUGGAGCAGCUGAUUGGUUGCCAUGGGCAACUUCUCUGCAGGUUUAUUCCUCCACUCUUUUCACUGCUUCAUGAAUAGACCCCCUAGCAUGUAACAUGGCAGUUAGGAGCUGGUUGGCUGUUACUUUAUCACCGUGCUAUUUUAUCACUCUCCAAGGCUUGAUAAAUGGAGGCCUUAAUUAGCACCUCACUCAAGUUGAUUUACCCAUCUGUGCUGAGCCAUGGAUAUACCUAAAACCUGGACUGUUGUGGUGCCUUGAGGACCGCAUUUGGGAACCUCUGUCCUAAGGUGUUAUCCAUUUUAGUUGACCCAUGCCUGUACUGAGAACUCUUGCUGUCAUCUGUUGAGUGGGUGAGAUAACAUUGUGGAGUGGCAGCUACUGCUUUCUCCAGUUCUAUGUCCCGGUUUGGUGACUGACGCUCCUUAAAAUGUGCCCAGUACUGUAACAUAGUGGUGCCAGUUGUUGUGUGUGCUGCGCCAGUUGUCAUGAGAAUGGGGUCUAUCUCUAAAUGCCUUUGGUGGUGGCACUGGCUCCUAGUGAAGUGAUGUGCUGGAUCCACUGUCUCCAGCCUAGGUGACCAUACCACAGUGGUGUCAUCCCAUGUCAUAGGCUUGGCCCAUGUUCGUUAUAAUGUGAAUGCUAAUUUCACAGGGAGAUAUUGAUAUCCGACACUCCAUUACCAAUAUUUAUGAUGCACUAUUGAUAGGCUACAUAAUAGUUAAGCACGUAAAGGGGCAGAUAUAGCAAAGCCUGGUGAGAGAUAAAGUGGAGAGAGAUAAAGUACCAACCAAUCAGCUCAUAUCUGUCAUUUGUCAAAAACAUGUUAAGAGCUGUUUGGUUGGUACUUUAUCUCUCUCCACUAUCUCCAAGGUUUGAUGCAUCUCCCCCAAAACUGAGAUGUUCUUACUGCUUUGAAACAUUGGCCUGUUGUUAGAAGGUAGAUCACCUUCUCUUAUUACAGUUGUACACACCAGGGUUCAUUUAGCAACACCGAACUUUGGUCAUACUUGGCGCACCAGCCAGGCAGUUGCUUUUAUUGUUACCUUACGCCAGGUAGACGGAUGACAAUUGGUUGUUGUCAUACAAUGCAAACGUUGUGCGCCAGUGAGCCCUGUUGCAGCUCCAUGUUUUUUGGAAUGUAGUUCUGAAAGAAAAACAAAACUGUGGACCCUCUGUGUAGAUAUUCGUACUGAGAUUUUUCUAGCAAUCAUAUUGUUUUCUCUAUUUAAAUCUAAAUAUUUUCUUACGACUAUUUUUGAAAAGCUGCGAAAGACAUUAAAUUUUGCAAUUUAUAAACAAA